CAGUCACUCGAUAAACAUUGAACGACCUUUUGUGUACUUUGCAGCCCUGUAUGAGUUUCUAUCUCUGGUUUUUUCCCAGAUUUUUUUCUUGGUUAUCCUAACUACUUAGAAAAGGGGGUCUUGAACAAAUCUUUGUUUGGAUAGGGGCUCUAUGGUCAGCUAAAACGAUAAUGGCAACAAUAACAACUCUGACCGUUACUUCUCUCUCUUCCUCUUCUUUCUUGAAUACCAAAAACUGUUCCAAGCUUUCCUACUUUACUUCGACUCCAACUUCCAUCAAACCCAAGUUGAAAAGCUUUAGAAUCAGAGCUGUCAAAGAGAAAACAGAAGAAAUCCAAACCCCAUCUUCUUCUUCAUCUGCGGAUGAAGUUACAAAGACGUAUGGCCUUGAAGCUGGGCUUUGGAAGAUAUUCAGCUCAAAGGAAGAAGGUGAAGAAAAGAAAUCAAAGGGUGACCAAGCCAAGGAGCUGCUAGCCAAAUAUGGAGGAGCAUACUUGGCAACCUCCAUUACUCUCUCCUUGAUCUCCUUCGCCCUUUGCUAUGCACUAAUUAGUGCUGGCAUUGAUGUUCAAGCAUUGCUGCUAAAGGUGGGAAUCUCAACUGAUGCGACUGGAGAGAAAGUUGGGACCUUUGCUCUGGCAUAUGCUGCCCACAAAGCCGCAUCUCCAAUAAGAUUUCCUCCUACUGUGGCUCUGACUCCCAUUGUUGCAAGUUGGAUAGGAAAGAAGGUUGAAAAAGAUAAGUAAAAUAUGUCGACCAAAGUUGAAUUGACCUGUCUCACUUUCAGUGGGUUUUUUUUUUUUUUUCUCUGUGGUGUUUCCCAUGGAGAGUAGAGUUUUUCUUGUAGCGCCAAAAUGAUGUUGGUUGAUUUCAAGUGCUUGCAGUCGAGUUAAUUGCAAGACUACUGUUGAUUUGUUGAAAACACACAUAAGAUUGUAAUCAUGUAAAACAAUAAGCCUGAAUACAACUUCUGCCUCCGGGAACAUUUCAUAUCAAAA